CAGUUCUUCAGAGCGCUGAAAAAUGUCAGGUUUUCUUGAGAACUUGAGGUGCUCGGAGUGUGUUGACUGGGGAGAGAAACGAAACACGAUCGCUUCUGUUGCUGCGGGAGUGCUGUUUUUUACAGGUUGGUGGAUAAUCAUAGAUGCAGCUGUAAAAUACCCUAAAGUGGAAGACUUCAACCAUUCAUACCAUGCUUGUGGGGUUAUAGCCACUAUUGCAUUCCUAAUGAUCAACGCAGUGUCUAAUGGACAAGUGCGGGGUGACAGUUACAGCGAAGGCUGUCUGGGACAAACAGGUGCUCGGAUCUGGCUGUUCAUUGGUUUUAUGAUGGCUUUUGGAUCUCUGAUUGCUUCCAUGUGGAUCCUUUUUGGGGGUUACGUUGUUAAAGAAAAACCAGUAGUGUACCCAGGAAUAGCUGUGUUUUUCCAGAAUGCGUUCAUCUUUUUUGGAGGCCUGGUCUUCAAAUUUGGUCGCACGGAAGAUUUGUGGCAAUGAACGCGCCCCUGGAAGUGCAUUGGCCACGUUGGUUUUUUAAGGGCACACUCCCCAACUUUUGUAAAACCAUUUUGUAAACGGUGACCUUCAGUUGUGUCUAAAGAUGAAUCAAGGAAAACUUAAAUCAUAGCACUCAAAAUUCCGGUCCUAUUCUGUUU